AUGUUGAUGCCGCUGAAAGGUCGCAACAUAAGGCGCGCCGUGAACGUCAUCGGUAACAAUGAAAGACGCGUUUUGGCAAAGAGGUUUUCAACAGCUUUAUCAAGUUCUUGGACGCCGCCUAGCAGGUGGACAGUUGGUUAUUCAAGUCCUCAUUACGAAUAUAUAUGUCUUGACUUCACCAAUGGGGCACAGCUGCUAAAGAGUGACCGUACAUCAGAUGCUUCAAUAAUUCUCAGCAUUCGGCUUACAUAUGCAUUUUACAUCAAAGGGAAAUAUGCAAAAACAUUUGAAGCUUUUUACAAACAAGUCAUGCCAAAUGCUGUUGUUUUCAUGCUUGGCUCUGUCAUCAAGGGCAUCCAGAAAUCCCUGAAUCUUCGUUCUUCACAACAAUUCAUCUUGUUUUUUCAAAUAGAUGAAUUUCAGGCAAUUUUCGAGUUCAAUGACAAAAAUAAGAUGACUAUCUUCAAGGACAUAAUGAAAAGAUUGGGUCCGUUUAUGAGCAGUAAAGAACCAAAAAUCAACUUUGUCCAACCCUUUUUCUCAGGAACAGUGAAGCAAUCUGUAAUCAACACUAAAAAAGCCUCUGAGUAUUCAUGGCAUUUUGUGGACUGUCCACUCUUGAAUAUGGCAGCACAUACACAGGCAGCAUUCAAAGAAUUUUUUAAGAAUGUUAACCAGAUCAGCUCUAGCGAUGUUACCAUGUACUUCAGCAAUGUGGCUAAGGAACUUGAUACCCAUUAUGCUAUCAAGAAUUUUGUUGUUGAGCAUGAAAAACUUGCCUUGGCAAUCCUUCGCCUCUGUAUAGGAUCAAUCCCAUCGAACAGGACAGAUAUCCUGUUGGAAGACGAAAAAGAUAAGGAUUUAACUCUCGACAUUCUGGAAAGAGACAAACAUUUGAUUCUAGAAAAGUACCACAAUCCUCAAGAGACAGACAAAACCAAAGAAAUUGUCCUGAUAUGUUCUUUGUUUGACUCUAUAAUCAAGUUUUACACAUGGUUACAA